AUGUCUACGCUCAACGUUGACGAAGGCUAUGUGGUCACUCCUACGCUCUCCGGGACCAGUACUGCCAAUUCGGAUACCGGCGCAACUCGGGAGGUCAAGACAACAGUUCCCAAAGACUAUACGCUAUCGAUGAUGCCCAUGAUGUUCAACUUUCCGAAUGGCGAGAAGUUCUGCGUACCGCGCGCCGGACUGCCUGCGGAAUCGAAGCGCUUAGAUGAUCUAUACGCGAGGCAUUAUGUGUGCAGGAUCAAUGAGUUUCACAUCGCCUCCAUUGGUCGUUCGUGCGAUAUGGAUAAUGACUUUAUCGCUGAUGUCUCUGCGGAGGAGUUUCGUGGGCUGCUGAAGCUGUCGUGUCGGUUCGCAUCCGAAGAAGUGGACGUUUUGACCGCCGACGACUGGAUGGCGGUGCUUAAGCUUGCGAAGCUGUGGGAUAUGCCCACCACGCACGAAAAGGCGGCGAAGGAACUGGAUAGCGAGAUUGAUCGACGGACGGCUGGGGAGCAGAUGAUCUUGGCCAGACGUUAUAGCGUUGAACAGUGGUUCAAGCAAGGCUUCAAGAUGUUUGUCACGGGUAAGGAGAAGAUCUCAGAUGAUGAGCGCAAGACGAUUGGAUGGGAGACGUAUGCGCGGCUGUUAGAGGCGAAAGAUAAAGCGUGGAUCGCGGCAGAAAAGGCUUACGAAAACACACGGAAGGACAAAAGACGGCACUUUCUAGGCAUCUCGCAUGCUGACCACGAGCGGUUGUUUUUAGAGGCUUUCGUCGGUUCUUCUUGGAUGCCAGAAUAG